UUCGCUUUUAAAAUAAGAACAAAGAGAAAAAGAAAUUUUGCUAAUGAGAUAAUUUUAAAGUCUAGGAUGUGUUCCUUGGGUGUGAAAAGCAAAAGUAACCCUCAUUCCUUUAUUUAUUUUCAUUUUUGAAAUCUUCGGAGAAGUGUAGUUCGGAUAGUCUCUUCAGUGUACGUGUGCGUGUGUGUUUGAAGUAGCCGUUGGAGCAGGCCUUCUAGAAAGGGCUCUGAUCAUCUUUACAUACCUCUUUGCUGAGCAGUAGGUAGGCUCACUUCUCUUUCCCUUCCAGAUGUCUUUCAUAGUCUUGGAGAAGGGCGCUGUGGGAGUAUUGAAUCUGGCCUCUUGAAAACAGAAUGCCUCAGUGGAUUUUACCUCUGUGGUCUUGACCUAGGUGGGCUUUAUGAUGUGUGAUACCUUUACCUAGAAAGGUAUAUAGUGUGCUUUUUGGUUUUGGAGAAAAACAGAAAUGGGUGCAGUCACUGAGUUUGAAAUGUUUUCCAUUGACAGUGGACAUUUUUGAUGACACGUGUUUAUGUGGAUGUGAAUGCAGAGUUAGAAUGGUCGUCCCUGUUGCUGUGACACAUGGACAGAAGCAGCUAAAGGGAGACGAAAGGCCCAGACCCAGAGCUGGAUCACUCAGGCAUCAUCCUCUGCGCGGUGUAAUGGAACCCCUAGUCUGACCAGCAGGGCAUUAUGGGCUUUUCGUUUCCUGUCUCUGCUUCCCUCUCCUAACCAAACAUUCCCUGUCCGCUGGCUGCCCGCCCAGCCGUGUUUCCUGGUGAAAACGACACAAGCGAAUCACAGUUGUAUCUGAGUAGGUCUUUUUGGUUUAGUUCCUCAUGUGGGGGGUGGAAGGGGUAGGGGUAUCCCCCGGUUCUAUGUAAACAAUUUCUGUUUAGUAUUAUCUACUAACUAAAAUCGCCCCCACCGAGGAAGGGGAAGUGCUUCUACAGGGUACAUGAGAGCCACACAAACACACUUCAUCUUAGGAAGCACUUAGGGAAGCUCCCAAGAAGGCAGUGUUAGCAAAAAUGGUUGGUUGUGACGCUUGGAUCUCAUAGAUGCCAAGUGUACCAAGAUGUCUGCCCACAAAAUUCACUUGCAUUUAAUGCUUCGGAAUAUUUAUAUUCCAGUAUUCCUUGUAUGAAGUGAUUAGUAAUGUCAGACAUUGUUGUCACACUGUACUAAGUAGAAGUCUAGGGGUAGCUUGAAUGAACGUUAGCUUUCUCUGUGAAUUUUGACUGCUUACAGUUGCUGGUACCUGGUGGCAUUUAUUUUCCCUCAAGAAGUACCUAGGAACCUUAUGAUGGUAGGGAGGGUAGAUGCUUGGCCACAUUCCUUCCGUUGUGUUAUAUGUGUUCCUUUUUUCUUACCAAUUUAGAGUUCUUCUCUAGAAAAAAAGAAGAAAAAAAGCUGUUUUGUGCCUCUCUGUCUCUCUCUUUCUCUCUCUCUCUUAAUGUAAAUGUGCAAUCGUACUGGAUUUUCUCUUGUAAAAAAAUAAUGUAAAACAAAACAAACAACAACAAAAAAAUCACACUACAAUUCCUUUACUUAAGCUCCUAAACUGCCAUUUGCCUGAUUCCAGUAAUUAAUUCUGAGGUAACUUAUUGGGCCUCCAGGAAUUCUCUUGAUUAGAUAUGGUCCCAGGAGAAAGAGCAAAAUGGAAAAUGCUAUGUAUGUUACCAGAUCGAGUCGCUACCGGUAACACGCAGCACAGCACCCAAAACACUAAACUUUGCUCUUGAGCAAUUAUAUAGUUUGAUAUCCUUUUAAAAAAUAAUUUAAGAAAAUCUAGGUUUUAUCAUACUAACAACUUUAUUUUAUAUAUAUAUGUAUGUGUGUGUGUAUAUAUAUAUAUGAGAUAAAUGUUUGCUUUUUUUAAACUUACUAACAUGAAGGAUUUCCUUUAACAUUCAAAAUAUAACCCUUGUUGAAACCGUAUCCCACAUGAACUCUCUCCUUGCUUCCUUUUGGACUUAGCGCUCUUUAAUACCUGACGACUUUUCUAUGGUAAGCCAAGGUGCACUCUGUACACUUACAAGUACCUGCGGGUCCAGUAUUUUUAUGCAGCUUCAUCAUGUCACGUUUUGUUUGUGUUAUAACAACUCUGCUGAGAUUUUUUAAUCUUUUUGGGGGGGGCGGGGGGUGGGGUACCUAAUAAGAUCGUUCUGCCAUUUCAGAAAUCAGGGUAGAAAACAAAACUAGCUAACUGUAGCUCUGGAGUCUUCGUCCAGGAGUGCUCUUUAAUGGUCCAGAAAGUGGUUUUAGUCCUGCCAGCUCCGAGGAGCUCUCCUCACACCUGCGUGGGGUCACCACCGACCUGUUUAAUGUGUCUGCAGGCGGCAGGCUGUGCAAGCAGUAGGGGGAGAGAAAGCUGCGCUUUCUGCGUGCACAUUUGCCUGCGCCUCGCCAAUGAAAUGGUCCAAAGGACGUGUUGCUCUCUCAUAGUCUGUAGAUGGUAUUUGUUAACUUUUAAAUCUGUAUGUGGUCAGAGCAUAAAUGGUUGGGUUUUAUUGUCCAAAAAUGAAAUAACUUAAAGCAUCAUGAGAUAAUGGUGUUUUGUUUUUUUUACCCUCAUGUUAAUUCUUUGAAAGAAGAAGUGAAUGUAAAAUUUUUGAUAAUCAGCGUAAAGCUUCCGAAAUCAGAUGGGUAACACCUAGAGAGGAAAUCCUGGGCGGCUUUCCAGGCAUGCGCGGUGCAGGCAGGGCUGGAGGGGGCCGGCGCGGAAUCAGGGGGCCUGCGAGCGCCGGCUGCGGGGCGCUGGGGGCGCUGGCUGCCGGCGGGGUGGCCAGCCCUUCAUUCCUGGAAGGCCAGCGCAGCUGGAGGAAGGCGACGGAGCUCCUCCCUCCCUUCCAGAGGUUGAUCCAACCCGAGGAGAUGUGGCUUUACCGGAAUCCGUAUGUGGAAGCCGAGUAUUUCCCUACCAAGCCCAUGUUUGUGCGUGGAGAACGAGCCUUGCUUGGGACCCUCAUACUUAGUACCGAGCGUGCUGCUAGGGCGCCGGUGGCCCUCCCGGCUCCGGACGAUCUUGGUGGGGAACUUCUUGCCCCUUUCGUGAGAUACUUCAAGAAGGCAGGUGCGACAGACAGCAAGCAAGCCUGCCUGGGUAAGAACGAGCCCUCUCCGGCUGGGCGGUCUCUCGCUCCUCGGUGCCGGCAUCUCAGCCACUGGAGGCGUGACCUCUGCGUGGGGAGGCCACGAGGUCUGCGUCCCCGAAGUCGUCCUAUCUCCCCAGGACCCAUCUUGUCACCCGUGGCUGCCAGCCUCGCCCUGGCUCUGAACGGUGUCGUUACCAACACAGUAAAACUGAUAGUGGGCAGGCCACGCCCAGACUUCUUCUACCGCUGCUUCCCCGAUGGGCAAGCCCGUUCCGACUUGACGUGCACGGGGGAGAAGGACGUGGUGAAUGAGGGUCGCAAGAGCUUCCCGAGUGGACAUGCUUCCUUUGCAUUUGCUGGUCUGGCCUUCGCUUCCUUCUACCUGGCAGGGAAGUUACAUUGCUUCACACCGCAAGGCCGUGGGAAAUCUUGGAGGUUCUGUGCCUUUCUGUCGCCCCUCUUCCUCGCAUCUGUGAUUGCGCUGUCCCGCACCUGUGACUACAAGCAUCACUGGCAAGAUGUACUAGUUGGAUCCAUGAUUGGCCUGACAUUUGCCUAUGUCUGCUACAGGCAGUAUUACCCUCCUUUGACGGAUGCAGAAUGCCAUAAACCAUUUCAGGACAGACUUGUACUUCCCACAGCACAGAAGCCUAGUGACCCUUAUCAUUUUAGUAUUUAGAAAUCAGAACUACGUCAGUGGAGAUCAGGUGAAUCAACCCCUCCUAACUGCCCAGGACAAGAAUGUCUGAACUUUCUACUUUUAAGAGAUACAGGUGAGGACAUAAGCACUUCAUUCUGUCUCCGUAUCUUUACGCAGUUUUGCUUACAUGAAUUUGUCAUGAGUCAAGGUUCAAGGUUCUUUUUCACGACUCUGUGCCACACGUUCUGAUAACAAGGUCUUCCAGUAGUCCACCAGAUUGGUAUCCCAAGAUCUACAGUGUUUUACAUUUAAUUUAAAUGCCAUUCUUGAAGGAUAUUUCACAAAGAAGCCUUUACAUAUCCUAGAACCCCUGGAACCCAGAGUUAAAUCUCCAUUUUCCAUAGCUCAAAAUCUUAAAACCCAGGGCAUGACUAACUAAAUUAUUUUGGUUCUCUUUACUUCUCUGGUGACAAUUCCAUCAAGCCUUACACAGGAACAUGUCCAAUUCUGGUUUCUUUACUGCCUUAUACACGUAUCUUAUCUGAGUCUAGCCAGACAUUGCUGUCCGUUUUGAAUCCUGUGGGCAUAAAUUAUUUAUUGAAUCACUAAAUAAACAAUUUUAAAAAAUGGUAAGGACAAAUGAGGUGGCACCAUCAGUUGCUAGUAUUGAAACCACACUCCUGCACUGUGUUCCUGAGCUUCCUUCCCUCCCUGCAUGACUGAAGACUUGCCCAAGGGCAUCAACUCUGCGAACUGGCUAAGGCAGGAAAGACAAAAUACAGAUGGCGUUAUCUGGAGGACAAAUGAACUUUUUCUGUCCCUUCAUAAUGGGAUAUAAAGAACAAUUACAGGACAUCAUCAGAACUGAUGCUAUUGGACCUACAACUGCCCUUCUCUUUGCGAUUAUACUUUAAAUAUGACCUUGUCUUAUGUGUUUCUUUCUAUAUUUUCAGUGUAUCUUUUUCCUUCAAUAAAUGUGAUAGUCAAAGAAAA